CUUCCUUUUUUUUUUUUUGCACUUGUCCUCAACAUGUCUGUUUCUACUUUGACUCCACCUGUUCUCCCUGAACACGUGAAGAAGCCCAACGAAGAAGAGUUCAAGAAGCAAUUAGCUAAUGUCAACGCUAAUAUCGAGAAAAUCCAAAAGCAAUUCGACGCUGUUCGCGACCAAAUUGCAAAGUUACCUAAGAAUAAUGAUAAUACCCGUCGUGAACAAAUUAAGGCCGAGUUGAAUGAAAUUCGUGAUAAACAAGCGGAACUGAAGAAAACUCGUAAGGCUGUUUUUGAUCAAUUGGAUGCUUUAAAUGACUCUAUCCGAAAGAAGGUCGGUUCUAUCAGAGGUUUCCAAUCAAAGAUCCCUUUCAAGACAACUGCCGAAGUGGAUGCUCGUAUUGCUGAACUAGAAAAGAAGAUUGAGGCAGGUGUUAGAAUUGUUGAGGAAAAGAAGAUGUUACAAGAAAUUUCUUUGUUGAAACGUAAUCGUCUUUCUGUGGAAGAUAUCGUUGAACAACAAAAUGCUAUUAACAAGGAGCGUCAAAUUUACGAUGAAUUGAAAAAGAACAUUGAUGACGCGGAAGCCAAGCGUCUCAGUGAUCGUUACGAGCAACUCGAUGCCGAAUUUAAGCAGCUUCAUACUGAACAAAACAAGCAAUACGAAGCACGUCAAAAAAUCUUUGACGAACGUAAUCGUUUAAAGGUUGCUUUGGACGAAGCAUACGCAAAGAUGAGAUCUAUGCGUGACGAGCAUCGUAAGAAUAACGAUGAAUACUAUACUUUUGUUCGUAAGUUGAAAGAAUUCAAGAAAGAGCAAGAAAGAUUACGUAAGGAGCAAGAAGAGUUGGAAAAGCGCCAAGAAGCUGCCAAGCAAGAAUUGGAAUUGGCCUCUUUGCCUGCUUUUGAAAGUGAAAUUGCCCUUUGCGAUAAUCUGGCUCAUUUCUUAGAAGGCUUUCUUCAUAAGGGAGAAGAUAACCAGAAUGCUGCUACUGGUAAUGAGAAUGAUGUCAAGGUCAAUGCUUUGAUGGACACUUUAGAUGGUAUGGUUAUCAAGAAGCGUGAUGAAGAAGACUUCUUCUUCGUUGGCAAUAAGAAUAAGAAAUCCAACAAAAAGAACCAAAAGAAGGAAGGAAAUAAGGAUCCCAAGUCUGAAGCUCUUAAAAUUCCCCUUGCUACUAUGGAAUCCUUUUUCGAUAUCAAAGUGACUGUACCCACCAAGAUCUCUGAAAUUCCCGCUACUUUGACCAAGUUGAAGGAGCGUAAAGAAUUUUACUUGAAGGAACAACCUAAAGUGACUGAAAUGAAUAAGAAGAAGGCGGAAGAAAGAAUUAAGGCUAUGCAAAAGGCAGAAGAAGAAGAAAAAGUAGCAUCAUCAACAGCAAAGACAACAGAUAUUGAACCCAAUGAAGUUUCCACAACAGCCGAAGACGAUACUGCUGUUGCUGACAAAAAGGAAGACGAACCUGUUGAUGAUGAAGAAGUCAAGACUACUGAUGCUGAAAUAACAGAGGAAAAAUAGAAUGACGACUAAUAAUAGAUGAAUAAGACAAAAGAUUUUAUACAGAUUUUGAACGAGCAAAGAAAAAAAAAAGAUCGAUAAAUACGUGUACUUGAUACUUUUUAAAAGAAAUAAUCACUCAUAACUACAAUCUUAAUUUAAUAAAUGUCGCGAUUUUUCCGCUAUACUCAGUCAAGUUUUCAGUGGUAUGCAUAAUUUAUACCUUAUUGUUCUUCAGCAUGGAAUAUUAAAAGAAGUACUGAAGUCUCGCUUCAUAGAGAAAUCAGAUAUUUUCGCAGGAAAAGGCUAAGUGCAGUUCAAAUAUUGCCAAUGAGAUGCAAAACAGGAAACUAAACCGAUACGAAAAAUGUAAAUGAAAUGACUAUUGACAUGAAGGAAAAUUCCUGGUAAUGAAGCUUGUUAUCGUGAGGACCAUUAAAUUUGGCCAGUGAAAGAAUCUGAAAAGUUGUGUUUAUGAUGCUGAAGUACUUAUGAUGAUUCUUCAGCUGAAGAAUCAU